GGCCGGGGCCGGGGCCGGCUGGUCGGGGCGCUCAGGGAUGGAGACCGCGCCCGGGAGCGCCCCGCCGUCCUCCGCCGAGGCGUUACGGCUGGCGCUGGCGGCUCCGGGGUUGCCCGACGGUCCCUUCUGUUGCCCCAUCUGCCUCGACCUCCUGAAGGACCCGGUGACGGUACCGUGCGGGCAUAACUUCUGCCAGGGUUGCCUGGGGGCUCUCCGCCAGCGGCCGGGCCCCCCCGACGGCAGCGGGGGGGCGGGCGGGGCUGCUCGCUGCCCGCUCUGCCAGGAGCCCGUCCCCGCAGCCUUGCGGCUCCGCAAGAACCGCGCCCUCUGCGAGGUGCUGCCGCUGCUGGCGGCCGCCGCCGCCGCCGCCACCGCUUUGUCCCCUCCAUCCCCUCCAUCCCCAGCCCCCCGCUCCCCCCCGAUGGCGCCGGGAGCCGAGGAGGAGGAUGCGGCGGGGGAGGAAGGAGCCACGGUGCUGUGCGACGUCUGCCCGGCGGGGUCGCGGGUGGCGGCGGCGCGGUCGUGCCUGGUUUGCCUGGCUUCUUUCUGCGGGGCCCACCUGGAGCCCCACCGCCGGGCCCCCGCCUUCCGCGCCCACCGCCUGGUGGCCCCGCUGCGGCGGCUGGAGGAGGGUCUCUGCCCCCGCCACCUCCAGCCCCUCGACGGCUUCUGCCGCGCCGAGCAAACCUGCGUCUGCGCCCGCUGCCGGGCCCACGAGCAUCGCGCCCACGACGUGGUGCCCCUCGAGAGGGAGCGCGAACACAAGGAGGCCCAACAAGCCAAAUUCCUCAGCGAUGUGGAGAACGAGCUGGAGGAGCUGGCAGUCACCAUCGCGCAGGCCAAGAAGAUGGUAGAGCUCAUUAAGGGCGCCGCCACAAAGGAGAGGGAAAAAGUCGAGAAGCUCUUUGGAGAAGCCUCCGAGGUCUUGGCGACCUUCCAGAAGGAUGUGGCCAGUUUCAUCGAGGACGGGGAGCGCUCCAUGCUGGGGGAGGCCGAGGCCGACCUCCGCUGGAAGGAGGAGAGGCGAGCCAAGCUGGCCCAGUGCAAGCAAAACCUGGAGAACGUCCCCAGCACCGACACCAUCUACUUCCUCCAGGAAUUUCAAGCCUUAAAAGUAGCCAUGGAAGAAAACCUCUCCCCGGCUCUGAGCUUCCAGAACGAGCUGAACUUCACCAAAUGCACCCAAGCCGUGAGCGCCAUGAAGGAUAUGCUCUCCGCUGCCUGCAAAAACCAGUGGCACCACUUGCAGGGGAAAGGAAUUGAUGGGCUGAGCUUCCAGGAGACGGAGGAAGCGUUGGCCGAGUCCCGAUUUCCAGACAAGUCAAACAAUCCUGCCUGCCUGGAGAACCGUGAUUACUUCCUGAAAUUUGCCUUCAUCAUUGACCUGGACAGUGACACAGCUGACAAGUUCAUCCAGCUGUUUGGCACCAAAGGGGCCAAGCGGGUGCUGUGCCCCAUCCCCUACCCGGAGAGCCCGACCCGGUUCAUCAACUGUGAGCAGGUGCUGGGUGUGAACCUCAUGAACCGGGGCAACUACUACUGGGAGGUGGAGAUCAUCGAUGGCUGGGUCAGCAUCGGCGUCAUUGCUGAGGACUUUGACGCCCGGGAGUCCUACAACCGUGGGCGCCUGGGGCGGAAUGAGAAGUCCUGCUGCCUGCAGUGGAACGGACAGAACUACGUGGCCUGGUUUGGUGGCUUUGAGUCCGUCAUCCAGCAACCUUUUUUCCACACAAUCGGGGUCUUCCUGGAGUAUUCGGAGAAGGCCCUGACCUUCUACGGAGUCAAGGACUCCAAGAUGACCUGCCUGCAGCAGCUGAAGGUCUCCCAUUUUGCCAAGGGUCAGUUUGACCCGUUCCAGAACAAGAUCAACCACCAAUUUGCCUCUCUUUUCUUGUGCAAGCUGAAACCAGCCUUCUUCCUGGAGAGCGUCGAUGCCCACCUGCAGAUCGGGCCGCUGAAGAAAGAUUGCGUUUCGGUGCUAAAGCGUAGGUAACUGCCUGGGGAGCGGGAGCACGGGAAGACCCAGAAGAGUCUCUCCUGCAGCGUAUCGCCGCCGUCAUGGCUUCUCUUCGGUAGCGUUGUAUUUCUCUGUGGCAGCCCUCUCUCCCCGCUCUGUGCUGUGGUGACCCAGGGGUGGAUGAAGGUGGCUGGUGGGCAGAGCCGUGGGCUAGGAGCCAGGCUCGGGAGCUGGAUCCAAGCGCCGUCUCUGCUGCUGGGCCGCUGAGCGAACUUGGGCCAGUCUCUGCGCUGCUCCCUGCCCCUUCGGUUUCCCUUUCUGGACAUCAGGGACGGCGAUACAGCCUUUCUUGGUAAAGCACGUUGCUCAGGAGAAGUGCCGUGUAGAUUUGAAGCUGUAUCUUGGCCAGCUGCCGGGCUGCCAGGUCCCUCUCUUUAAUAUCUGCUCGCACUGCCCUGGCGUCUUGCACAGAGCCUCCGCUUUGUGCCUUAUCUCGAUCUCUGUGUCGCUGCUGCUUUUUUAGGCUCCGGCUCACCGACACCUUCCGCGUGCCUCCUUAUGAAGUGCCUUUGAAGUAGCAAGCCCAGCAUGGACCGGGCAAACCCCCAGAGCAGAUGUGGUCGCCCACAUCACCGUCGUGCCUUGGCGUGGGUGAGCAUGGGGCUUGGGGCCGGGGGGAUGCAGGGGAGCCCGCCUGGGUGCAGGAGCGAUGCUGCGGUGACACCGUACCUCUCCCUGCAAGGCCGACCACCGAAAGGAGGAUCUUUGCCCUCCCUCACGCUGCGGCCAGUGGGUAUUUUGACCGCUGGCCUGUGGCCAGGCGUAUUUGGGAAAAGCCGUGGUCCCGCGUGUGUGGGAGCCCUGUGGCCGGGGGGCUGUUCCCCACCGCAGCCAAAAAUCCCAGCUGGGAAAGGGAGGAAACCUCCCGCGAGAAGCAGCAGCACCUUUCCUGCCUUCAGAGGGCAAAGCGAGCAGCACAAAACUGGUUUGAGGACGUGCUCUUUAGCGAACACGUUCCGCGGGAACUGCUUAUAGAAGCUUGACACCCAAAUUCCCCCCUCCCCCCCCCAAUUUUUGAUGACCCUACUGUUUCAGGGGAGUUUAAUAUUAAUCUCCCAACUCUUAAAGUACCCUGGCACACUUGAGCUCUACCCCUUACCUUAGAGAGUUUUUUAAGUGAUAAAGAGGUGCUGGGUGUAUGUCCCAGGGGCAAAUGGUGUGUUUUAGGGACAGCUGUGAGUGCCUCGAUAAAAGGCCCAGCCUCAGGCAGUUAUUAAAUGACCCUUUAGACUCUGGCAAUAAGUAACAAUUAACAAAAACUACUCUCAAGCAAGCGUCCCCUCUGGGAAAGGUGGAAACUUGAGUCUGGGAGCCAAAAAUGCCGGUUCACGUGUCCUAAGGGAGCUUUUCCAGCAGAAAAAUAGAGAAAUGCCGCCUGUGAGGGAGGCACAGUGCAGCCCCUGUCUCGGCGCAGCCUGCCUUUCCACAAGUUUAUUUUUCCUGGGAUUAGUUUGCUACCUCCCUCCCAAAGCUCGCUUUACAGGAUCGUAGUGCUGUGUAAUAUAUACCUAGAGAGAAAAUAUAUUGGGUCGGGUUCUUCGCUGGUGUGAGUGAGUCACUGAUGACGCAUCAAUGGUCAACAGGGAUGGAAAACGGCCCGUUUAGCUAAAUAUAUGAAAUAUAUAUAUGUAUUCCCCAAAGGAUAAGCUGGAAAUCAUAGUGGUAUAUUCAAGCGGAGCCAAGGGAAAAAAGUGAACGGGAAUAAAAAGACAGCCACAAAGCCGAGAGGUUUAAAGUUAUAGCCACGUUUACAUAAAACACAGAGGCUUAAAGAGCUCCUUUACUGUAACUCGUUUGCCAGCGCUGCCAAUUCCUGCUGGCGAGGGAAGAGGUGCCGGUCCCUGGCGAUCGGCCGCCGCUGUGGGCUCUCCUUGGAGGGGCUGGAGGGUCCAAACGCAGCCACCCCCCUCCCCGGGACAGGGCUGGUGAGGGAGACCCCUGGGAUGUGCCUGCAAAACCCUCCUCUUCCUCCUGCUCUGCAUGCGGCGACUCCUAAAAUACUGCAGGCGGUGGGAAAAGGGGAGGUAGGGCUUCCAGCGUGAAAUCUUCGGAUGAAACCUUGGCUUUUCCCAGCCAGCGGGAACACUGCCCGGACUUCUGUCCGGAUGGGAAUUCAUUCCCCGUGUCCUGAGCUCCUGCCUCAAAACCGCUUUUGUUUGGCUCACGCCGGUCGCUCCCCUGCAAAACUCGGCCUUUGCAGGAGGUGUCAGCGGUGACACGGCGCAGGCGUCGGUGCUGUUUUCUUAACACCGGCCAGGACUCGGUCUCAGAAAUGCCUUCCCAGAGAAGAAAGGUAGGGACGUGCAACAGCUCAUGCCCGGUCACGUCCCAAGAGGAGGAGGAAGGUAACCCUGAUCUCUGCUGCACGCCUGCAGGAAGAGAUCUCCCAUCUCGGCUCUGUCUGGGCCCUAAAUCUCAUUUAUUCAGGCCAAACUCCCACCGUUUGCAGCGAGGAAGUUUUGCCAGAGUAAAUACAGUGGAUCUGGGCCUUUUUCCCCAUUCCGGUUUGCCGUAGGUGGGUUGAUUGCUCCAUGGGGAAACCCGUGCUCGAGCUACCCAUCCCUCCCUUCUCCGCGGUGCCCAAGGCACAGUCUCUGAACCCCGUCAGGGUUUGGGAUGGUUCUGUGGGAUCCCGUGUCGUUCCCUUUCCAUCCUGUAACCAACGCGGGAGCAGCUCAGGAGGACGUGUCUGGUGUUGGGGCUUUGCUGCCGCUUGUGCCGCUGCUUUUGCUUAAUUCGCCUUAAUUCAAAGAGCUGGGAUGCUGAUACGCAGCUUUACGGAGGGAUUUGAGGGCUCGAUGCGGUUGGGAAGUGCCACCCAACCCUCUCCUUCCUUUUAUCCCUGUUGGAAGCUCUAUAAAUCCUCACGGUUUGGGGCAUCAAGCAAAUUCUGACGCAUUUAAGGCGGGAGCAAUCUUCCCCCUGGGGUGUUGGACCAGAGUUUGCUGCGUGUUGCCAAUAAUUUGGGGCGUAAACUGGAACGAUUAGGGAACGUGCACUUUGCCAGCUCUGGGUCGCUGGUUUUGCUGCAAACGAAGCGCUAAAUGCGGUGUGGGGUGAGUUUAGAUGGAUAGAUAGCACUCGGCAAUUUAAACAGCCUUUCCGUGUUCCCUUAUUUCUGCUGUCACAGAGUGUUCCUCUUUUUAAUUAGGAUUUUUUAACUAUAGUUACUGUAUUUUACAGUGUGUGAAAAAAACCUGUUAACAGAAUAAUAUAAUGAUGUUAGAGACUAUGAUUUGCCAUUAAAUA